UGGAGUCAAAGUGACGUCAGCACAGACAGGAAGUGACUGCUGACGCGAUGUCGCCGUCUAGCGUCCGAAAGCCGCCACAACGGGUUCGUUCCGGUCUUCGUCAGCCAACCAGGAAAGGGGUUUGCUGUGAUCUGGACUGAGGCGGAUGAGACCAGCGACCAUUGUUCCGUUCUCUUUCUCCUCCCCUCUUUGAGAAGCUAAAAACCAGAGCCCGAAGCGGCUUCCGGCAACCAAACGGAGCUAUCAACGCGAUCUGGUGGAGUUCGGUGAUUAUUGUCACGUUUUGUUUUUGUUUUUUCUUGCCCCUCUCGACGUACUCCCAGCCCGAGUGGUGGGGUCCGCUCGGGUUGUCAUUCAGUUGCUAAAUGGAAAUAAAACGAGGAGCUGAAAAUGGCAGCAAUCGAGCUAAUGACCUCCCCGUGCAUUACCUCCGCCUCCUGGCCCCGCCCUUGCAGCUCCUGUCAGCCGCGAUGUGGCGCAUCGUUCAGCAGGGACUGGUGGACCACUACGGCAUGCUGGAGGAGUUUGUUACCAUGGUGACAGAGCUGGUCCCUGAGCUCAUGAGCUACAGCCAGAGGGCUCAACUCACCCUGGGACUCAGGGCCAGGCUUGUUCUGGAGAUGUGUCGAGGUGAGAAGCCUGCAGACAUGCGGGCCAUCCAGCCCCAUCUGGACAGAAUCAAAGCGCCGGCCAGCACAGCCAAGGAUCACCAUAGCACCAUCGACCUGGUGGAGGAGUCCGAGGUGAACUUUGUGGAGUUGGUGCACUCCUUAUUAGAGGAUCCAAUGGAAAGGAAGUACUUUUUUGAGGAGAUUUUUCCUGUCUACUUCGGCCCAAAAUAUGACGCGGCCCUGGAGAUGCUUGUAUGGGAGUUUAUAUCCCGACUGGAGGAGCUUCUCCCCGUCCCUGACUUCACUCAGCUGGCAGCUUUGCUCGGAGACGCUCCGUCCUUCCUCAGCGACUGUUUACAAUCCUUUUUCCCACCAGCUGAUAUGAAGGCUCUACUUGAACACCACAGAAACCUUGGGCAUUUUGAAGAGAAAGAUCCGAGGUUAUUACCUAUGGACGAUUGCAUCCUCACCUCCAUGUCGUUGCCCCCCGGGACCAAAGCCACCACCGACGCUACCUCCUACUUGCCCGCUCACAGAGAUCCGAAACCCUCGGAGCAUCGCGCAGACGCGCCUGGCGGUACAAGCGCCGUUGAGAUGGCGAGUAGGAGGCCUCGCGAUGACGGGAGGAAGCAGAAUUCCUCUGAUGAAACCAUAGACCUUACGACGUCCAAUGACCCCGAGCCCGAGGUCUCGGAGACUAAUGAGCUAAACUUGAGCUUCAGAGGGGGACGGGCACUCAGAAAGAGGAAGCUGAGCGGCGGUGUGGAGAUGCCCGGCAAGCAGCGGAUGGAGGUGUCGUCAUUCUUAGAGUCCUCAAUGGAUGAUGAGAAUUCUGGUGAAUCCCCUUUAAUCUCCAUAUGGGGGGAUUAUACAGAAGGUCAUUCGGCGACAACGAGCGACCCAAAGGUUCCCUGGUCGGAAGAGGAGACGCUCCACCUGCUGGACAUUUGGGGGAGCGACUCAAUACAGCGGGCAUUGAAGGGCUGCUUGAAGAACCGCCACAUUUACGUGCAGAUCGCCCAGACGCUAGCUGAAAGGGGCUUUAAGAGGACGGUGGAGCAGUGCCAGACGCGGAUCAAGCGCCUGAAAAAAGGCUACCGGCAGAAUAAAGGAACGUCUAGAGUGGAGCACACAUUUUACGAGCACAUGAAGCGAGUGCUGGGCUCACCGGCGUCGUCCGCCGCACCCGAUUCGGCGUACGACGUGGAUGAGGUCAUCGACGAUGAAGAGUCUCAUGACGGCGAUGAGGAUUUGCAGUUUGUGGGACACACCAGUCAAGAAAUGGGAACCAGAAAUGUACCGUGGACAGAACCGGAAACGCUGGCUCUCAUCAACACGUGGGGCCAAGAGAAGAUGCAGCAAGAAAUGAGAGGAACCAACAGAACCAUGCACAUGUUCCCCAUCAUCUCCACCAAGAUGGCCUCGCAGGGAUUCUCAAGGACUUCGGAGCAGUGCCAAACCAGACUCAAGAGGCUCAAGUCCAGCUUCAGGCAAUGCUACGAAAACAACAUGAAGGGUUUGGAGCAAGUUCAGUGCAAGUUCUACAACGAACUGGCCCAGUUUUUGUUAAAAGAACGCCGGUCGACGCCGCAACCGAACGAGACAUCCGACGACAACGACUCCUGCUCCAUUCAGGACGUCGUGUCGGUUGUCAGCCUUCAGGAUGACAGAAAAAAAGUCCCAUGGGCUGACAAAGAAACCAUAAUUCUUCUGGAACUUUGGGGAGAAUCACAGAUCCAGCAGAGCACAAAAGGCUUCCCGCCAAAUGUACAUAUUUUUAGCGAAAUAUCAGAGAAACUGUCCGUCCACGGCUUCACGCGCACGGCCGAGCAAUGCCACACCAGAAUCAAACGUCUGAAGACGAGCUAUUGGCAGUGCCGUGAUAGCUUGAGCUCAUCUGGGACCGAUAAGGUGAAUUUUAAAUUCUUCGAUUUAAUGGAACAAAUCCUGGACAAGCGUCCGUCCACAUCUGUUGCCUUGGUGACCGACCCCAUUGAAAUAUCAGAAGACUCCAAUGGCGACUCAGUGACUGAAACAGAGGGUGAAGUCGCCAUCAGCCCGUGGUCGGACGCCGAGACCUCGGCGCUGAUUGACAUAUGGGGCGAAGAAGAAGUGCAGCGCUCGCUCACGGGUUUCAUCCCCAACGGGCACGUUUACGCCGAGAUUUCCGGGCGGCUGCAAGACCUGGGCUUCUCUAAAACACCGGAGCAGUGCCACGAGAAAGUCAAGGGGCUGAAGAGCAGAUUUCUUCAAUGUUACGAGGAGAAAAAAUGCGGAAGGCGAGUAGACGAUAAAUUCUACGAGCAGUUAGAACACGUUUUCGGAGCAGAGGCUCUUUCGCCGGACGAGCUAGACGACUCGCGUGACGCCGGCUCGGCAGACCCUCUGAAUGUGCCGUGGAGCGAGCGCGAGACGGAGACGCUGGUGGAGAUUUGGGCCGCCGCCGACGUGCAGCACAGCCUGAAAACGUGCGUCCGCAACGGUCACGUCUUCGUGGACAUCGCCGAGAGGUUGGCUGUCGCCGGGUACGCCAGGAGCGCCGAGCAGUGCCAAGCUAGGAUUAAACGACUCAAGAAGACGUAUAGGCGCCACUGCAACAGCCGCAGAAAUGGUCGAUCCGGCGCCUUCCGCUACUUUAACCUCUUUGCUCCAGUUCUGGGUGAUAACGCGCUGUACAACGAUGUGGAUACUUCCUCUUCUAUGACCGCAUCUUUGCCCAAUCUAGAAGAAUCCUACGCAGAUGUCUACGAGCAGCCCUCCACCAGCCACCUCCUGCCAGACCCGAGCAGAAAGACGCCAUGGUCGGACCGCGAAACGCACACGCUGCUGGAGAUCUGGGGCGAAGACAACGUGCAGUUGACGCUACGCGGCUGCCUGAAGAACCGCCACGUCUUCGAGUUCAUCUCGGAGAGGAUGAGCAACCGCGGCUACGCCAGGACCACCGAGCAGUGCUACACCCGCAUCAAGCGCCUUAAAUAUGGAUUCCUCCAUGAAAAGCAGGACUUUAAGUUCUUCCGAGAAAUGGAGGAAAUCUUCAGUCGGGAGUUGAAGUCGGACCUGGUGGGCAUCCCGGCGCCAGACGAGCCCGACGACGGUGCAUACGAACCCAUAAGAGGUGAGACGAGAACAUUCAACUUCAGCCGAGGCUUGACGACUGCCAAACCGCCCCUUCCAGAUUUCGUCGUUUCCCCGGGCAGCCAGUGGUUGUCGGACAACUCCAAGCACCCGUGGAGUGACGGCGAGACUGAAGUUCUGCUGAGCGUGUGGGGGAGCGAGGACGUGCAGGAGAACCUGAAGAGCUGCACAAAGAACAAGCACAUCUUCAUGCAGAUCUCCGACACCCUCGCCACUCAGGGCUACCAGCGCACACCCGAGCAGUGCCAGACCCGAAUCAAGAGACUCAAGUACAGCUUCCGGCAAUUCCUCGACGGCAGGAAAGGAGACAAACAGGAGUGCAAGUACUUCGACCAGCUGGUCAAGAUAUUUGGCGACAAGUACGUCGUGUCCGAACCGCAGCCCGACGAAGCGGCUGAUGUCGUAGAGUCGUAAGAUUAAAGUCGCCGUGCCAAAAGAAGGGAGGAGAAUAAUGUUCAAGCAGGACAUUGAUGCUGAAAAACUGUGACAUCACCGUCCGCGCCAACGCCAUAUUUGGGCGACUCCCCAGUGCGAAGGCGCUCAGAAGGGACACAGACACGUGAGGGUGUCCUGUCAUGACAUUGGUCUUCCUUCCGAAACCGCUGACGUUUUUCCAAACAAAUCUUUUUUGUACUUGACGACACUUCACUUGUCCAAUCUACUAUUACCUUUCUACUUCAUUUUCUACACUUUUGUUGUAUACAGUUUAAGUGCUAAAGAGAGAUACUUUCUCCUUUCUGAAUCGCAUCAGACGUCUUAAGCAAAGUUCUAUUUAUUUAAAACAUUGCUGUAUGUGAUCCAAAGUUUUGUAGCUUAUUUAUUUGAUGUUUUUUUUCCACCAUCAUUGAUUUUUUUUUGUUUUGUUUUGUUUUUCUUAUUUGGAAAUCAUUGGUGAAAAGCUUGUCUAUUUUAUACAGAGCCCAUAAAGGGACAUCGACAGAAAUAAAAUGUAUUUAUAACGUCUGGUGCGCACCA